AUGGUCAAUUAUAGAGAUCGGCCAGGUGCCUUGAGAUAUGGAGCUGCAAUCCCUUUUCCUAAAAGAAACCCUAAAUACAAAAAAAUCGGCACCGCUUAUGGCUUUAUCUAUAUAGUGUCUGGCUUUUUUUGCCAUCAAAUUUCUCUUAUGUUAAAAGAAAUUAUUUAUACACAUCCUUAUUGGCAAGACAGAGUAAUAAUUACAUAGCGAGACAAAAUGAAUAUCAGAAAACUCAACUUUGACUUAAUCAUUGACUCUAAUGCUACUCCAAAAGAGACAAUAAAUGAGAAAAGCAUAUUUUAA